AUGAUCUUUGCUAACAGGUCACAAGGUACUGGUAUCGUUCGAGCAGGAGGCGGCGUGCGUCUCGGAAACCUCGGACUGGGUGUAUACAAGCAAGGUCAGGCCGCACUGCCUCACGGUACAUACCCGGGCGUUGGCAUCGGAGGGCACUAUACGCAUGGAGGCUUCGGAUACUCUUCUCGUCGCUGGGGGCUGGCACUCGACACGAUCGUUGCAAUGGACGUUGUACUGGUCGAUGGAACUCAGCUUCAUGUCACACGCAUUACCCAUCCCGAACUCUACUACGCUCUGCGUGGAGCUGCAGAUAGCAUCGGUAUCGUGACUACCUUCUACCUGCAGACCCAGCCCGCCCCGGCACAGAUCGUCAGCUACUCCAUGAACUUCACUUCCGCACUGAAGUCUUCAUCUUCCGUCGCCGACGUCCUUCUCCAGUUGCAGAAGUUUGCCCAAUCUUCUCCUCUCAUGGACCGUAACAUCACACUUGAGAUCUACAUGAACAUAUUCGGCACCUUCGAAGUCCGAGGCUGGUACUUUGGCGACCGCACACACUUCUCCAGCGCCGUACUUCCCGCCAUGCUUGAGGGUUUGCCCAAGGCCGACAACACAACGAUCGCAACCAGAAACUGGCUCGAUGCACUGCAGGACAUCGCAGAAGGCGAACCUCUUGUUGAGCCUUUGACUGGCUACAACAACCACCAGACUUUCUACACCAAGUCCAUUGUUACGAGAGAGGCAAAGCCACUUACACGGCGCGCACUGGAGAGCUUUGCUGGGUAUGUCAUUAGUAAGGGAUUGAGCGCAGACUCCCCAUGGGAGACGUAUAUUUCGCUGUACGGCGGAAGGGAUAGCCAGAUCAAUGUCCCAUCGCCUGCUAGUGCGGCGUAUUCACAUCGCGAUUCGCUUUGGAUUUUCCAGAAUAUUGGUUCCUCGGCCAAUAUGCUUCCGCCUUUUGAGUCUGGCAUCAAAGCGUUCGUGCAAGGACUCAAUACCGCUUUGACAGACGCACAGCCCGAUGGCGACUUUUUGGCGUACCCAAAUUAUCUGGAUCCAGAGCUGACACCAGCGGAGGCGCAUCGAUUGUACUAUGGUGAUGCGACUUAUGGAAAGCUAAGUGCGAUUAAGAAAGUGGUGGAUCCAAAUAAGACUGGAGAUGAAGUGAUGGGAUUGAAAAGUUCAGAGCAGGCUGCUUUGCGGCCUGCACCAACUGGUCUCGAUGCGGAAGGGACGUUGCAAGAUGCUGUAAGAGACCUGAUAACAUCCUACCACGACCUCAACCCCUCAACAAUCGACAUCCUCACCACUGAACCCUCACCCCUACAAUUCAUGCGCCACGUCGCCCGCAACCGACCCUUCGUAAUACGAAACGGAGCCAAAGACUUCAAAGCCAGAAAAACAUGGAACGCCUCGUACCUGAAGACCGUCAUGCAAGGCCAGAACGUCAACGUAGCAAUCACCCCCCACGGAAACGCCGAUUCAGUGGUAUCUCUCCCCUCAGGCGGCGCGAUAUUCGUCAAACCGUAUGAGACCGAAGAGCCCUUUGAAGACGUUUUAAACAAGAUCCAACGCCAAGAGCAAGAUAACGACUACACCGGUCCAACACGUUACGCGCAAACCCAAAACGACAAUCUGCGUAACGAGUACUCCACGCUCUUCGCAGACGUACCUAAGAGCAUACCCUUCGCGCGUAUAGCCCUUGAGCAAGAACCCGACGCCAUCAACUUCUGGCUUGGAAACUCGUAUUCCACGACUGCUCUGCACAAAGACAAUUACGAGAACAUCUACGUUCAGGUUCUGGGACGGAAGCAUUUUGUCCUCUUGCCGCCUGUAGAAGCGGGUUGUGUUAAUGAGAAGAGCGUGCUGGCUGCGACUUAUACUCCGAAACGGGAGGAUGGCGCGUCUUCUAGUGCGCUAGAGAAGGGUGAUCUGGUUAUCAAGGUCGAUGAGCCAGAGGAAUACGUACCUUUCGCGACAUGGGAUCCAGAUCAGCCUGCUGCCAACACCACGCCUUACUCCCAAUACUCGCAGCCACUCCGAGUCACGCUGGAAGAAGGCGACAUGCUAUACCUACCCGCACUUUGGUACCAUAGAGUGAGCCAGAGCUGCAACGAAGAAGGAAUCUGUUGCGCAGUAAACUACUGGUACGAUCUCGACUUCAGCGGCGGGUUUUGGAGUACUGCGAAUUUCGUUCGGAGCGCCGGGCUACUGAGCAUGGGAGACAAAACUGCAGUACAGGGACAAGGCCAGAGAUGA